AUGGCAGCUUCCACAAAAGUCGGAGUCCUAACGGACAGGAUACUUUUUGUGGGCAAACGAUGGAAUCAUCGAUGCUUAAGAAGUUUAGCAUGUUCGCAACAAAAGAGAAACAUACAAAGUGACAGUCAGGGCAGCUAUGAUGUCAUAGUUGUAGGCGGUGGAAUUGUUGGAUUGGCAACAGCCAGAGAACUUAUUAUGCGUCAUCCAAGCCUAUCAUUUGCUGUUGUAGAAAAGGAAAAGGAAAUUUCUAUGCACCAGAGUGGACAUAACAGUGGGGUUAUCCAUGCUGGGAUCUACUACCAGCCUGGCUCUCUCAAGGCCAAGCUCUGUGUGGAGGGACUUGAACUCUUGUAUAAGUAUUGUGAUGAAAACAACGUUCCCUACAAAAAAUGUGGGAAGUUGAUAGUUGCGGUAAACGAAGAAGAAAUACCUCGACUGGAGACAUUGAUGGAGAGAGGGAUAGAAAAUGGAGUGAAAGACUUGCAUAUGGUGGAAGCAGAUGGGAUAAAGGAAAUAGAACCUAAUUGUGUGGGACUAAAGGCUGUGUACUCCCCACAUACAGGAAUCAUAGACUACAAGGUGGUAGCUCAGUCUUAUGGCAAGGUUUUCCAGAAUCGUGGUGGUAAGGUCUUCACAGGAUUUGAGGUUAACAAAUUUGAUGUGACCAAGGAAAGUUCAAGUGAGACAACGGAUGGUAUAGAGUAUCCUGUCACAAUCAGAGCAAAGCAGGGCCAGGAGCUGAAGUGUCGAUAUGCUAUCACUUGUGGCGGCCUGUUUUCUGAUAGAAUAGCAGAGCUCUCAGGCUGUCACAGAGAACCCAGAAUUGUUGGAUUCAGGGGAGACUACUUACUUCUUAAACCAGAGAAAGCAAACUUGGUUCGUGGCAAUAUAUACCCAGUGCCUGACCCCAGAUUCCCAUUCCUUGGAGUUCACUACACUCCACGCAUGAAUGGAGAUGUCUGGCUUGGUCCGAAUGCUGUGUUAGCAUUCAAAAGAGAAGGAUACAAAUUGCUGGACUUCAGUUUUAAAGACACUGUUGAUGCUUUAAGCUUCAGGUAA